AUGGCGUCGAAGCAGAUACUAACCCUCGCCCGGCGGUCGCAUCACCGACCGCGGCCUUCCCCCGCCGCUCUAUCCGCCGUCCGAUCCUCUUCCUCCUCCGCGCUCGCCGAGUCCCGCGACUCCUCCUCCUCACUCCCGUCCCCGCCGCCGCCGAACGCCAUGAUCUACGAUCGACUCGCCGAGUCAGUGAAGUCGAAGAUCAAGCAGCUGGAGAAUCCGGAUCCCAGGUUCCUCAAGUACGGGUCGCCCCACCCGGUUCUGCGGACCCACACCCACAUCCUCUCUGCACCGGAAACCCGGGUCACCACGCUCUCCAAUGGCCUCCGCGUCGCCACCGAGUCGUCUCUCUCCGCCAAGACCGCGACGGUCGGGGUGUGGAUUGAUGCCGGGUCCAGAUUCGAGACCGACGAUACCAACGGGACCGCGCAUUUUUUGGAGCAUAUGAUAUUCAAGGGGACUGAGAGGAGGUCCGCCAGGGAGCUGGAAGAGGAGAUCGAGAACAUGGGGGGACAUUUGAAUGCCUACACUAGCAGGGAGCAGACUACGUAUUACGCCAAGGUUAUGGAUAAAGAUGUGAAUCAGGCGUUGGAUAUCUUGUCUGAUAUAUUGCAGAAUUCCAAGUUUGACGAGCACCGGAUCGCCAGGGAGCGAGAUGUGAUUUUGAGAGAAAUGGAAGAGGUUGAAGGACAGACUGAAGAAGUCAUCUUUGACCACUUGCAUGCAACUGCUUUCCAGUAUACCCCUUUGGGCCGCACCAUUCUUGGCCCUGCUCAAAAUAUCAAGACAAUUACCAGGGAUCAUCUACAGAGCUACAUCCAGACACACUACACAGCUCCUCGAAUGGUAAUUGCUGCUUCUGGUGCUGUUAAACAUGAAGAAAUAGUUGAUCAAGUGAAGAAGUUGUUUACCAACUUAUCGUCUGAUCCAACUACAGCUUCACAGUUGGUGUCAAAGGAACCUGCAUUUUUCACUGGCUCUGAGGUUAGGAUCAUCGAUGACGACCAACCUUUGGCACAAUUUGCGGUUGCUUUUGAGGGUGCAUCAUGGACAGAUCCAGAUUCUAUUGCCUUGAUGGUAAUGCAAUCUAUGCUAGGUUCAUGGAACAAAAGUGCAGGUGGCGGCAAGCACAUGGGAUCGGAGCUGGCACAGAGGGUUGGCAUAAAUGAGCUUGCUGAAAGUGUGAUGGCUUUCAACACCAACUACAAAGACACUGGUCUGUUUGGUGUUUAUGCUGUGGCUAAGCCUGAGGAUUUGGAUGAUUUAACGUACGCAAUAAUGUACGAGAUUGCGAAGCUGUCCUUCCGAGUUUCAGAAGAUGAUGUCACACGUGCUCGGAAUCAGUUGAAAUCAUCCUUGCUACUCCAUAUUGAUGGGACUAGUCCUGUGGCAGAAGAUAUUGGGCGCCAGCUGCUUACUUACGGUCGCAGGAUUCCAUUUGCCGAGUUAUUCGCCAGAAUCGAUGCUGUGGAUGCAAGCACCAUUAAACGUGUGGCAAACAGAUUUAUUUAUGACAAGGACGUUGCAAUUGCUGCGAUGGGUCCCAUUCAAGGCUUGCGCGACUACAACUGGUUCAGACGUAGAACCUACUUCCUCCGCUACUAA